AUGCACAAUGUCCCGUUACUCGCUUGGCGGUAUGAGCACGUUGCGGUCGUUGGCAAGGGUGGAUUCGGUAUUGUGAGCGAGCACGUAGAUCGUUUCACAGGAGAACAUGUUGCCGUGAAGACAAUCCCUUCGCGCUUUGUAAACCAGGAAAGCGCCCGCCUCGUUAGAGAGAUAGAUAUAAUGUCUUUCCUCCAUGACGCUCAUCCUCACGUGAUUGGGUACUUUGACAUGUUUGCGACCCCAAGCGGUGCUGACAACGUGCUCUCUCAGGAUGAAGGUGGUAGGGACGGGGCAACGACACUGGUGGACGCCCGCCGCUUCGACGCCGCAGGGCCUCAAUACCCUAAUCAAAGCCGCAAUGACGAGCUUUCCAAAUACCAUGAUAAAGUCCUUUCUAUGGUGAAUCGCUUGAGCGGAGAGGACGAAUUUAGUCUCCAUAUAGUGAUGCCUCUGAUGAAGGGUGACUUGCUCUAUUUUAUAAAGCACGUAUCAUCUUCAGGCAGUAAACCGGCCAUGACAGAUGAAUUCAUUGAGCUGGUCACUGUUGUUUUUGCAUUUCAGAUAUGUUUUGGUUUGGAUUUUUUGCACAAGUGUAAUAUCGUCCACAGAGAUAUAAAGCCAGAAAAUAUUUUGGUUCGUUUGCAUGGUAAAGAUCCAUACAAAUCAACGGCGCUCAUAGCCGAUUUUGGCCUUGCACGGGACGCCCAAGCAAGUGACACCUUUUAUGUCUGCACGCGCUAUUACAGGCCACCUGAGAUCGUUACCAAUGUCUCGGGAGGGGAGCCGUCGAUUGAUGUGUGGUCGGUGGGUUGCAUCCUUUUCGAAAUGGUUACAGGGAAAGCUUUGUUUAAUGUUGAAUCCGCCCUUAAUGAACAAGGGGUGUGGGAUGGACAACUUGCUAGCACACAACUAGAAGUGAUUCUUAACAUUGUUGGGACACCUAGCCAUGAUGAUAUACGAAGAUUCAUGCCUGUGGGAAACGCUCAAAAUUAUCUCCUCCGGAGCGCUCCACGUCCCUCACGAUUGGUUGGAAUGAUGAACGAGCAGUGGCGAUUGCACACAACGCGGGAUCGGCAGCAGAAAUGGAUUGAUUUGAUAUCCAGCUGCCUUGCCUUUUUCCCUCAGCAGCGUCCCACCUGUGGAGAUCUCUGUCGCCACGAACUUUUUCAAGAAUAUAAUCUUUUCUAUGGUGGAAACGUGAUGCAGUACCAACCGAAAAGAUAUCAGUCCGCUGAGGUGAACACUUUGAAGACGAAAAACAAGCAGAGUGUUUUGCAUCUUGUGCGACUUGCGCUGCAGAAGCAUUCGCCGGUUGUCGAUGUAAGUUUCUCCGAUGGUGCGAAGUGGAAGGAUGAGGAUGAGGAAGAAGGGAAGAAGAGCCCGUGUGCCCCCAAAGAAAGAUUUUUGGAUGAAGGUGAGUUGUUGGCAACCCCAGAAGCAGUGGGAAGUGAUGUACAAGACUCCGACAUGAGGGGCGAAGGCGUCACGCCAUUGGAAGGGGGCAGUGAAGAGGGCGAGUUGGGGGAAUCAAUUGCGUUUCGGUUUCUCAAGGAUUCGGAGCUCCGGAGGCAAUACGACAAUUGGGGAUGGUCAGGAAGGACUCGCGAUGAGGUGCUUGCAAAGAUCUUAGGAGACCUCCAGCGUUACACGCACGACGCCGUACGUUCUGAGCAACUAAGAGAACUUCUGAGGCACUUUUCAUCACCUCGUUAA